AUGUCAUUAACCGUAGGUUUGUUAUUGUUGAUAAUUUUUCGUUUGCAGUUGGUUCAUAAUUAUUGUGGAAAACCAGGGAGAAACGUCUCAUUUUUACCGAUGAAUCUUGCUGCUUAUGGCGGGGAUCCAACGGGAAACUUACUAUGCGUCAACUUUAAUCAAGAUUGCAGGUAGAUGAGGCAAAAAGAUGUCUUCGGGUUUGAGUUGUUGUUUUGCAUUCACGUUCUGAAGGAAAAAUUCUUUUCCAGCUCUCUUGCAGUUGGGUCAAAAUCCGGCUACAAACUGUUCUCCUUAAACUCAGUGGAGAAGUUAGAAGAAAUUUACGAAUAUGGUAAGUGUUGUGUUAUUCCUAUUAGGCUACAGGAACGAAAGAAAAGCAAAGGUUUAAUUUUCAAGGGCACGCAUACAUAAGCCACAGUAGUAUGUCGUCAUCUUAUUUGAGUUCAAAGCUUAAGGUAUUUUCAGUUUUCCUAAUUACUAUUGUGAAACCACUAAGCUUCGCUUUACCCUGACCGCGGUAACAUUUACUUUUAACAGGGUUGAUUUAAUGAGUUAGCUUUAAUGAUAAAGGAAAACCCAUUUACGCUCAGUCAGGAAAUCCUGCGAACUUUGACUGAAAACGGUCAGCUGAUUUUAGAGAGGUUUAUUGUUAUUGUCGUUCAUGUCAUUGUUCUUUAGUUUUUUGGAAGGAUAUGAUAAAAUAAUUUGCCACUGAUUCCCCCUUUCCUCUUUUUUCGAAGCAGUUAUUUUUCAAAAGAAGUUAACAGUUCCUUUUGAAAACAUUGUCAAUGUACUGUUUAAGAGUAAGUUGAUUAUAACAGUUUUUUUUUUAUUAAUUUGAAUCGCAUUUGAAUCUUUUUUUGGAAUAUUCUGGUUUCUAAUCUAAUAAUGUAGCUGCUUAUAAGAUUUAGGUGUCUUAUCUCUGAUAAUUUGAGAACUAUAUUUUCAUAACUCAUCCGGUAUUUAUUUCUCCAUAAUUUUCUGCUCAUCUGAGUCUUGUAAUCCGUGAUCAGGAUUUAGGUUUGAUCCUGAAUUGUGUGUAAAGAGUUCAAUGCAGGGAUCUUUUUUUUACCCUGUCAGUGAUGAAAAUAAAAUUUCCAUUUGAAUUACCAAUAUUUUGAGACGCCACUACUGGUUUCCCCAUGAAAUGACAUCUGAGAAAUGAACACAGAAAUUCCAUACUGCUGACGCAUCACUAUCCAGAUCUGGGUAGUGCUUCUGAUUGAUCAUGCCACGAGGUUUAUUUACUUCAGCCAAUCAGAAACACGACCCAGAUCUGGGUAGUCAUGCGUAAUUAGUAUGGAAUUUCUGCAUUUGUUGCUCAGAUGUCAUUUCGCGGGGAAACUAGUGGCGGAGUUGCACAAUGCCAACUGUUUUCACAGGCUAAAAUAAAAUGAGCUUUGUAGUGACAAACUGUGUUUUUGAUUUACAAAUUUAUCCUUAUGCUGAAAAUAGUAAAACAAUCUAUUGUUCCAGAGGUUAUUUCAUAAAAGAUACACAGUUCAACAGUUUCUGUUGCAAACCACAGAACACAUUUUCUUCCAGGUGGGGGCGGGGUUUAGGAUUAAGGAAUGUUUGGUUUGAGAUAUGCCUGAACAUAUAACCUAUGCCAGACCCAGUUCAACUGAGUUGUGCUACCCUAUAGGGAGGGUCCGUAAUUCCCUUUUCAGAACCACCAAACUUAACCCGUAAACUUCUUCAUGAAACUUAUCUUGAGGAGUUCCCUUCCACUUGCUGACAUAAGCCUAGCCCUGUUCACUAACCCUUAAUAUAGUAACAUUAUGGAACGGUGCCUAUUGUUAAGGGUCCAGUCGUAAAAUCGUGGAUCCCAUGACUAUUUGCGGGCUCACAAAGGAUGUCGAUGCAGGUCGCGUCCUUUGACUCUCUGACUUUUGUGUGACCUUAUUGUUUCCAUGAUAUAAAGAUAAUUUAACUUCAUCGUUAGAUGCUUUCAUGCCUUGUCCCUGUCAGUAUUUUGCUAUUGUAUUUGUGCUUUUCUUUGUUGCUGUCGCAGUUUCAAGCCAUCUUUGUGUCAUUUGCCACCAUUUCAAAUGUCUUACGUUGUUGUUGCAUGGCCAUGUCUCUUUUCAGAAUAUUACCCUAACAGGGCCUCAUUUUUCUCACUUGCAUGUACCUUUUUUGAAAGAAAGCAAUUUCUGUUUUAGAUAUUAAUUUCAUUUCCUACUGAAGUAAUUGGGAGAAGUUGAUAAAAUAUCAAGUAAAUUCAUCUUGUGUGAUCAUGUUUGUAACUCUCAUGACCACUUUGUUUUAAUUUUAUGAAGCAUUGAUAUUACAAGGAGAAAUUUGAUGCUGAUCACUCUUAGGGCUUAAGGGGUUAAAAAAGGUUAUAAACUUGGUGAUUGACUGGUUUGAAAUAUACAAUGUAAGUUAUUACUACAGUAGAUAAGCAGGUACAAGUUUAAAUUUUAUAUUCUUUAUCACAGGAGAAACAGAAGACAUCUGUAUAGUAGAAAGAUUAUUUUCCAGUAGUCUGGUAGCUAUUGUCAGUUUAUCUGCACCCAGGAAACUCAAAGUUUGUCAUUUUAAGGUAAAAUAAGCAUAUGAAUCUUGGUUGCAUUGUAAAAAGAGAGGUCCACAUUAGAUUUUUCAAGAUGCUGGGUUGUAGUGUGACAUCUGACUUAUUUCUUUAAAAAAAGGAUUUUGAAUAGGAAGUGAGAUUUUGGGAAUUAAAACAUUUGAGACUGGUUAUAGAUCAUCCAUGGCUCGGGGACUGGACAGUCAGUUAUUGUGUAUAAUAUACUUUCCCCAUACAACUUAAAGAAAAAAUGUUCAGUUACUAUGUUGCAAGCUAAGCAAUAAUUGUGAAUAAGCGCAAGCCAACUUUCCUUGUUUCAAAAAAAAGUUUGUUCAUUUUACUACCCUGUUUAAGACAAGAGACCUUAUUUUCUGGUGCAAAUAUAACACUUUGUUUAAUAAUAUCCCUUCCUUGUUUCUUUAACUUGGAGUCAAUGAGCUUUUUCAGUUAUAAACGAAGAUCACAUGUGUACCACUUUUUGUAGACCACAGUACACCACCAAGUUUCACACACUGUUUGAGACAUCCAUGCCAUCUUAACACUAAAUUGAUAAGAAUAUUUCCCCAUGACAGUUAAUGAAAACAACUAACUGACAAAAAAUGAAAAAAAAAACUCAAACUGUCUCAGAUGAACAUUUUAUAGACAUACAUGUAGUUUUGAAAAGGAAGCAGAAAAUGAUAUGUAUUUAAAUUUGUCAGUACAGUCAUAUGACUGACAGUCAGUAUUGUCUUAUUAUUGUUGAAAGUUCAAAGUGCUAUGUAACUGUAAUAAGGGUCCACCUUUUGACUGCCAUACAUCUAGAAACUUGUUUCUUAUGUGAUUCCACUCUCUAUUGUCUUUACACAGAAAGGCACAGAAAUAUGCAAUUACAGUUACCCCAACACAAUCUUAGCUGUCAGACUCAAUAGAGUGGUAAGUAAAGGACUUUUAAUUAAGUUAUAUAGAUCUUACAAACUGUAGAAAGUACGCUCUUUGAGUGAUACUUCUGGAUACAACAACACUAUUUAUUUAUGACAAAAUCUUGGUUACACAAAUAAAUAAAUUAAAACACAACCUGCAAGUAGCAAAGGUUAUUCGAGGUGUGUUGUGUAAAAAAGAAUAAAAAGAAUAAAAAAAUUUAAUAAUUUUAAGAGAGAAAAAUGAUUAGGUGGAUGCAGAGAAAAAAAACUGUAUGGUAGACUUCGUCAUUAUCAAUUGUUAUUUUAAUGAUAGUUAUAGUGAGAUUUUGGGGCUCAAAAAUUCCAUGCAUGCUACCUGAAGCACACACACAUACUGCAUGCAUGAUAUGAUAUUUUAGGGCUGUGCUUUAGCAGAGCCCCUUCCACCCAACCUUUGUUCUCAGGUGACUAAAAAAUUUUAGUUUUUACAUGAAAAUAAUAUACUGGUCAGCCUAGAUUUUACAAGAUCAGAGUGCUGUGCUUCUUUUAAGGUUCCUUUAGAGGACAGCCUUGCGUGUUUGGAAAUUAUUAUGGUUUUGUUCAUCAGUUAUUGCACAAUUAUUGAUGUUGUUUUUUGUAUUUUUGCAGAGGCUGCUUGUAGUACUUGAAGAGAGUUUAUAUAUUCACAACAUUAGGGAUAUGAAGGUGUGUUUACAUUACCAUUGUUAAGUCCAAACAUAUUAUAUUAUGUUAUUGUAACAAAUUAACCUAUGUUAGCUGAAAGUUGAAAAUAACUUCUAUAUGUUACUUAAGACCUAAUUAAUUAGAAGAAAAACAAAUUUCAAAACUAUCCCACUUGUAGUUCAUUCUUAUAUUCUCUUGGGUGUCUCUCUCAUGUAAUAAACUACCUUAAUCAUGAUAGAGUGGUUUUCGUUUGAGUGUCGUAAAACCAAAACCAAAGUAAUUACUCUGGCCAAUCACAUAGGACACAGACAAUACAUUGAACCAAUCAAAACUCGAAGUAAUUACAUGUGGCUGACGCAAAAUGCAUGCGAGCGCGUCACAAUUGGCUUUGGUUUUACUUCUGAUUGGAUGAAAAGGUGGCGCGAAUCUUUUAAGCCAAUCGCAUCGCGUAGAAAGUGCAAAACCAAUUACUUUUCGACACUCAAAUGAAAACUGCUCUAUUAUGAUCAUCAUCUUCGACAUUAUCCUUUGACCAUCAUUGAAACAGAUGUCUGUAUGGUAGUCUCCAGGGCCAAGUUGUUCGAAGGCCAUUUAGUGCUAACCUGGGUUACAUUUUAAUGGGGGUUUCCUUUUCUUUUGUUCAAAAGCACUUUCUCAGAUAAUUUUCUCUAUUUUUAGAGCAACCAAUCAUCAAAUUGUAGACAAGAAGAUUUAAACUGACUUUUCUUAUUAAGCUUUCAUAUCUGAAAUCUAACUUCACACCAAAUCUGGGUUAUCUUAACCUAGCUUUGAACAACCUGGCCCAGGGAAGAAUCUGAAAAAUUGCCCAGGCUGUGGUGCAGAAAACCUCUUAAGAUGGAAGUCACAAGUAUUGUUUCAAAACAAUAGGUUAUUGUUCUAGAACUUAAGAACCCACUCAUCUUAAGUACGUUUUAUACAACCUGGCCUUUCUUAUCUUUGAUCCUGAAGUAGUAGUAGGUUGCAUAAAGCUCUACUCUAUGCCAUGAUCAUGACGAUGGAUGGAAUUUCAUGUAAAUCUAGGAUGACUCAUUAGGUCUCAUGCCAUGCUGAUCAGGUUAAUAUGUAACAUACAUGUAAAUAUCUCCCAUAAAACCUGUUCUUAGUAAGCUGGCCCAUUUAUGAUUAUCACAGUACACAAUUCAAGUGGUUGUUGUUGUUGUUUGUUUUUUUACCUAGGUUCUACACACGAUAAGAGAUACACCACCUAAUCCAUCAGGUUUGUACCCACCAUGUUCUCGACUCUGUUAUCCAUAAAUACUUCAACCAUAUGUACAGUUGAACUUCCAUUAAGAGGCCACUCUAAUGGGGUACCAGGCAAGUGGCCUCUAAUUAUUCAUGAAUUAGGGCUAGGAGACAAAGAAAGUAGAGAAUCGAAUCAAGCUAGGUUAAAAAAUUUUAACUUGAAUUUAAUUUUGACCUGUAACAUCUAUGUGGGAUGGGAUAUCAGGCUUCCUUGCAGUUGUAUGAGUAUGACAUUACGUAAAUAAUUAUUCUUUUUGUUUCAGGCCUCUGUGCUCUCUCAGUCAACUCAGAUAACUGUUACCUCGCUUAUCCUGGAAGUAAUCAGGUAAAGUUUAGACUCUGUGUUACUUACAGUUGAACCUAUUAAACUCAUCGCUAAUUAUGAGAUUGGGAGCAGGUGCCUUAAAGGAUAGUAGGGGGCCAAAUGCGAUAAGCAGAGAGGAGGUAUCCAUGGCAACCCUGGAAGCGGGAACCACCCCAAGAGCGGCCACUAACCGGCACCGUCACACUGAAUAAAUUCAGUGGAGAUACUUAAUAUGUUGAUUUAUGACAAACCUCUAUUGAGCAGCCAACCUGUAUUAAGUGGCCACUUCACGAUAUUGCGAGGGUUGAACUGUAUUACCUUGUCAUUUUGUUUGCUUUUUUAAAUUUGAGGUUAAUAAACCAUAGAGCAGAUAAUGAUUCUGUUCUUUUUUCUUUAGAUUGGGGAAGUUCAGAUUUUCGACUGUGUUAACCUGGUAAGUAAUGCCCUUUGAAGCAAGAUUCAUCAGUGAAAUAAGUUGUAAUAUAUAAAUAAAUCUCUGGUUUGACUGUUGUGAUAGAUGUUGUUAUUCAAAAUCUCUUGAAAGAAGGCUAAGGACAUUUUUCACCUUUAGAGUUGUGACUUGUCAAUGUUCUUUAGUUAUGACUAUGAGCACAAGAUUGAGCACAAGUAUGACUUUGAAAUUUUCAGCAAGUCUUUCAGUUUCUAAAAUUGUCAUUCACACUCCUGUUACUAACAAGAAAAUUGACAAAUUGUAAGAGAUAAAAUCGCCCGGACAAGCAUUUAUCUUGGGGGCAUCAAAUUGGUUAAAAUCCUAAUAUUGUUUGUUUCCAGAGAGCAGUAACCAUGAUUCCUGCUCAUGAUUCUCCUGUUGCCGCCAUGGCAUUUAACAGUGCUGGCACCAAACUGUCAACUGCAUCAGAAAAGGCAAGUUUGAAAAUAUCUAAAUUGUCCUGUAUUUUUUCUUUCAAAGUUUUUGAUGCUGAUGUGUGGAAUAUGUCGUCAACUUCACAGCUGAAAAUAAGACUAAUCAAACAUGUAUUUAAUUCGGCAUUGUAUGAAGUAUCUAGAGAGCACAAGGAGGUGUUCUGAAAAGUUAAUCAACCAAAAUUUGGUUGUACAUUUAAUGUACAUUCCCAUAUAUAGCAUCAAGAAAUAAUCCUUCUUAUUUGUGCCCUAUAUGAGAACUUAAGAUGCUGUUAUCAUGACUGGGCAUUAUUGUCCAGUGAUUUUAAGACAAUUCAAGAUGCAUAAAAAAUUGCCCAGAUUUAUCACCCCUUGUUUUAAAGCACUUUUUGUAACAAACAACAGUACCAGAGCUUAAAAAAUUGAAUUCCAGUUUGUCCUUUGGACAAGCAGCUCUCACAUAAAUUAAUUCUCAUUUUGAUUUGCUUUGACCCUUCCCCAUUUGGCAUGUGAGCGGCUUUAAAUCUUAGUUGCUCAGCAAGAACAUUUUCCUGUCCUGGACUACUAAAGUCUGCUACACAGCCAUUUUUAGUGUUGUCACGCAACGCUGUAGGGAGGAGCAUUACAUGACGACACUAAAAACAGCUGUGGACGCAACAAUUUUUGAGCCUUGAGUGUAUGAAGUACUUGUACAACCAAGUUCUACGUUCUACGUUCUUCGGAAUGGUUACUGCAACAAAAAUGUUCAUUUCAUGGGUAUUUUAUGCACUUGGCAUUUUUUGGUACAAAUGUACCCCUGGUGUUACAACUGUGUAACAAAAUUUUUCAUCAAUUUUGACACAUGAGGUAUACAUUGCCCAGUGUUAUGGUAGCUUACGUGACUUUUUACGAAAUCAUUAGGAAAAUGGACAUGUUUAACUUCUCGGGGACUGUUAAAUCUAGCCCCAUCUGUAUGACCUAUGCUGUCUUAAAAAAAAAUAUAGUGCUUCAGGUAUCUCCCAGCUGAGCAUGAAGCAGGGGCGGAUCUAGGGGGAGGGUGCAGGGGGUGCGCACCCCCCCCCUGAGAUAACCUGCCGUUUUCUAAUACAACUGGUAUUCUGCAAAAAAAAAAAAAAACUAAGUAGUUUAUUGGUGUCGAAGUAGAGCAAGAGACGAGUGCACCCCCUCCUAAAAAAAAUCCUGGAUCCGCCCCUGUGAAGCAAGAACAAAGUUCCAUAAACUUUGACCAUUGUCAACGUUUGUACUCUCAUUUGCCUUAACAGGGAACAGUCAUUAGAGUAUUUUCAAUUCCAGAUGGAGUAAAGCUUUAUGAAUUUCGACGAGGAGUAAAACGGUACAUUGUUUUCAACACUUUCAUAGAUCUUGACUUUGCCAACAGUAUAGCCUGCGUGGCAGGCGCAAAAAGGGGAGGGGGAGGGGGGAGGGAGAAAUCCCCCUCCCCUUUUUCCCUUCCUCCCUAUCCCCUACCCCCUACCCCUUUCGACGCCUGCUACGCAGGCUACCAACAGUAUAAGCAUAGUAAACAGCUCAGAGUAAAAUGCUCACACUAGCAAUAUGAUUCCUACUAAGUACAGUUAGUAAAUAAAAAUGAACGUAUAUAUGAACCAAAUAAUGUUUUGACUGGCUAACAGGUUGGGGGAGAGGGUGGGGGGGGGGAGCUGUUGCACUGUACAGCAAUCAUGUGACAAAGGUAAAAAAUUAAUAUCCUAUGUUGCACCCAGGUCCCAUUCAGUUUGACAGAACUUUAAUUUUUGCUUCUUUUGCAAGCUGAGCCAGAUAGGAAAACGUUCUUAUUUUGCAUAUUUUUGUUUGGUUUGUCCAGAUGUGUGACCAUUAACUCACUGGCUUUCAGCCAUGACUCAUUGUUCUUGUGUGCAUCAAGCAACACAGAGACAGUACAUAUUUUCAAACUUGAAGCGCCAAAGAAGGAGUAAGUAACAUAAUCAGCAACUUACUUAGCCACGCCAAGGAUUUUGUGUACUUUUUUACACGUUUAUAUCCGUUGGCUGGUUUGGGGUCAAAAAAACUCUACCAGGGUGAUAUUGUUGAAAUGAUUUCUUGUGUCUGAAAGUUCGUAAAAUCAGAAACGCUUCCCCUUUUACAAUAAUCAUAAAUUUGGAUUUUACUCAGUGGUUAAAUGAAUGUUGACACUUAAACUAAAUAACAAUAACAUACUUGAAAAAAAAAAACUAGAAAAACGCCAAUAAGGAGCGGGUUACCUGUGUUAGCAGCUUGUAGCGUAUUGUUUCAUUUGACAAUAUUUUUGUAGGCUUUGUUAUCUGACACACAUUUUGUGAACCUUUUUUUUUUAAGAUUCCAAUAAGAAUUGAUGAGUGUACCUUGAGUUUCAGUAAAUGAGCAUGGUUUUUAUUUAUUGCUUUUCAUGUACUUGCAGACCUACAGAUGAAGCUGGUGGUUUGAUGGGUUAUUUUGGUAAAGCACUUUCUCCUAGCAGUUAUCUUCCAGUUCAUGUGAGUAGGUUACCCUCGAUGACAACCAGAAACUGUGUCUUGUUCUCAGUGUGCACUUACAGGAGUGGCUGGGUUUCCGUCGUAGUUUUAGACAAUAAAUUUUGGAUGAUGUUUAUGUGAUAUCCAUAGCAAAGCCGAUCGAGGUGCAGUACAUACUGGUAAGUGAUAUCACCCAAGGCCGGAAGCCGAGAUGCUGGUACCACAAAACCCGAAUCUAAUAUUGUUUUGUUGAACAUUUUUUAAAGAAAAUAACGACAAACUCACCCUCGCAUGCAACACAGUUUGAAAUAAUGCAUUGCGGGCGCAACCUACAGAUCACUCAGUUAUUAGUCAGUUAAAGAAGUGUUAAACAGCAAAACGUUUUGAAGAUGUCAAAUGUGUAGGUGAUUGCCUGACGAAGCAUGUAAUCGUGAUAAGAUUUGGAAUUGACUGACAUAAGUAACAGUCAGAAAGGGGGUUACUGUUUCAUAGGACUUCAGUUUUCACCUUUUACCUUACCUUAUAAGGUAAGUUACUCUUAGUAACUAGAACGUUACCAAUCUGUUCCUGGUAUGUCUUUAGAUGGCUGAGGUUUUUAAUCAAGAGAGAGCGUUUGCCAGUGUGAGGUUACCACAGGCAGGUAAGGGUUUCGGUUAAUUGUUCAGUAGCAGACUACUUCUUGUCACAUUUUGUAAUUUAUGUUGCUGUGCAGGUAGUUCGUUGCUUAUUGUAACGAGUCCAAGUUAAACUAACAAGCCACAGUUUUAUGUGUUCGUCAAGUGUUGGGUAACUGCAAGAGAAGCCUUACCUAUCCGCGUAGCCUUCUCUCACGUUGAUAUAAACAAAUGAGAAAUAGGUCGCGAAGUGAUCAACAUUGCUUCUUUUUUCAGUGUUUCAUCGUCUUUAUAAUAAUACUGACUUGGCUCGCUCAGGUCUUAACACUCAAACUAGAACAGCUCAGAGAAUAGACGCAAUUUGAACAUUAAAUUGCAAAACACCAAAUAAGUUAAGAACUAGAAUUUACUUGAUGCUAAUGGUGUGAAAGCAAAGUCCUUGAAAAUUGAAUUAUCUUUUGAAAGUACAUGAAGUAAUGUCUAAGGUCUGUUUGAACUUAGAUAACAAGAAUCUGGCCUGUUUCCGGCGUUCAGAUAGUGGAAAGUGGCGCGAAUUGGCGGGAGGAGCAAAAAAUGAGGAAGAGGGAGAGGGGAGGGAACGCCUGUGGAAAUUGUUUUCAAAAACUGACGCGCUUGUCGCUCGCUUCUUUUCUUCAGUGUUUCGCGCUCGUGUUACUCUACUAACUUUGAAAUGAGAAAAAUAAGAGACUGCUGGCAGUCUAGUUUGAUCCGUAACACCGUUACACCAUUCGCUUUCGAGGCGAUAUCGCUAAUCCUUGCAGUAGACGUAACUUGCGUCCUAAAUGAGGCCUUGCAUGACAAAAGUCUUUUCAAUCGCUGUGUGUCUAGAACCUGACGGUGUCCGGGAUGCUAUGUGUGCGACCCUUGAUCUCUUUGUUUCCCGUUUGCAUUAUGAUGGAAAUUAUAUCUUUUUCUUCUUCUUUGGCCUUGUGUAAUAUUCAAAUUUGAACUCUCGUUUAACAGCACGGACCCAUUGUAGCUAGUCGGUUCAAGUUGUCUCUGUUGCCUAUUGCACUUAUACUUCCUUUUUACAGAUGUUUCACAUAUGAAUAUACUUAAUUACAGAAUAAAAUAUCUGACUCUUGCUGUUUCACACUAGGUCUACGAAACGUCUGUGCAAUAGCAAUGUAAGUAUUUUCAGUGCUCAUAAUAUUUUUAGUAAUGCUGACUUUCAAGAACACAGAGGCCAAACUUGUUCAGCAGCUAUGGUGACUAAUUUUGAUCCACCCCACCCCUCUCCGUAGGAUUGGAAAGCUCCCUCGACUGCUUGUUUCAAGUGCAGAUGGUUAUCUUUACAUUUACAAUAUUGACCCCGAGGAGGGAGGGGACUGCACACUGCUCAAGCAACACAGGUACUACGUCCAUCAAUUUCAUUGUGCUGGUUUACAUGAAUUUUUUUCUCUACACUUUUCAUAGUUACUUCUGUCACUUUAGCCCAAGACGCAAAAAAUGUAUGUGAGAUAGUAAAGGGGAUUGACAGUUGUUGUAAUUUUGGAAGUCAUCUUAUACUGUGUUAUCGUGUUUAGAUUAAUUGGUCAGGGGGAAGGACCCGAUAAACCUCUGGUAAGUAACUAUACUUAAAGUUUUUGCUCUCGUCUUCCUCUUCACUGAUAUCAAAAUCAAACUGGUUAACUCUGAUAUCGUUAAUAAGUUGGUCUAUUCCUUCAAAUAUGAGGAUGGCUAUCCUUCCGCGCCGAACCUAGUAAAUUUAUGACUCAUUGCAAGACUUGUGCAUGGGCGCUAACACCCCAUUUCAGAUCGCUAUGUGGCAAGAGCUUUCUUUCCAUUCCAGACUACAAAUGCGAUCUGUUGACGUGCCACUUUUAGGGCUGAUAUUAGGUAAGGUAGGUUGUUAAAGCCGCACACAUCCAAAGGUCCACACGGCGGCCGGAGCUUAUUUCCGGUUUCCGUAGCAUGAAGCAAGCCUAGGAGUAUUGCUCCUCCCCCUGGACGGGAUGCUAGUCCAUCGCAGGGUUACCCCGCCAGCAGUGUGUCGCCGGUACCCAUUUAUGCACCUUGGUGAAGAGAGGCAAAGUGGAGUAAAGUUCCUUGUCUGAGGAAACAACGCGACGGGCAAGGCUUGAACCCCUGACUUCCAGAUCCAGAGUUCGAGGUGUUAACCGCUCAGCCACACACGCCUCCACUAAUUAGGAUCGAUAAUACUGUAGUACUAAUUAUCCCAUCUCCCAACAGGAAGAGGAAAGCGCUCCCUCAGAUCCCAGUUCUUCGCCUUCAAACAAAGAGGACGAUUCCCAAGAUACACGAACCCGGGCCUCUUCCCAAACCAGUCAAAACUCUCCUCCCUUAGGGAGAGAAGGCGCGGGGGAUUUUUCCCAAGCCGCCUCGGCCUUUACUGACCAGCAAGGGAUUGGAAACCUUAGAUUGGAUGAUGAAACAGAGUAUCCACCGUUGACUGUGCAUAACGACUAG